UAACCUACCUCGGGUUUGGACUUGUAGCAGGAGUAGGCUCCAAGUAGCGUUUUCAUUUAAGAAGCUUCAAAGGUGUCAAAGUUCACACCGGUAGGAAAUAAAUAGAACGGAAUGAUCGGAGGUGUGUCACCUCAUGGAUCCACGUGGGCCCGGGGGAGACAUUUCAGUUGUUGUCGGUGAAGCUUUUACUAUCACGGUAAUUUGGUCAAAACCACACGAAUCACUUCUGUCAGUGAUGUAGUUUCACUUUCAGUUCGAGUCGGGACGCGGUCUGCUCCAACAAGCUCCUCCUCCUGUUUGUGCAAAAAAACAAAAACCUCUGCACGGAACAGUGGAAAGUCGAUUAUAGUACUAUGAGUUACUUCAACUUUUAUUCCAUUGCCUCUCAGAGCUGAAGGAAGAACUCAGACUGUACUGCAGUAAAAGUACUAAUACCGAAAUAUAGAAAUACUCUAUUAGAGGGAUGAGGCGAAUAUUGAAAAUCUCAAGCAAAAGUACAUGCUGCGUCCAGUUCCAGUCGACCUGUAACCUGUGCCAAGAGAGCCACAAAACUCAGGUGUGGCUUUGUUUCUUAGUUCUGAGCUCCCUGAGUAUUUCCACCUGUGCUGCUUCGGCAGACAAUACACGUCCUUUACAGUUUUGCUUGAAGGCGCUACAAAACAGGAUUGAGAAAUCUGAUGCUAUGCUGUAUGCGCCAUCGGUUAAUGACAUUAAAGAGAACUGUGAAAAUGUGUCACUCAAAUGUUACAUGUUGGAGUUGAUAAUGGUCCUCAAUGAAGAAGAAGUUAACGAUACUAUAGCAAACUGCAUCUUUAACUUCAAUGACAUUCUGCGUCCCAACACUGUCGGCUGUCCGCCAUGUGAAGCUUACUCACUUAAAAAUAUUACAAUAUUCCUGGACCGCCUAAAUAACCUUUUGGAAAAAAUGACUGCACAGAAGAACAAGUAAUAUGAUGUAAAUAAUGUAAGGUACAAAUGUGUAUUUGUAUAUAUCUUUGAAGAAUUGUGGCACUGUUUUUAUUUUAUACAUAUCACAGUGCGUCUGUCAGCCUGUAACAAACCAUGCCAUCCAUAAGCCCAUAUGAAAGGUUGUAUAUUAUUUUAGAAUGCAUACAGACCAAACUAAAUUUGAUAUCUAAAACAUAACAGUUUAAAUGUAAAAGAUGAUAGUACUACAUUACAGGCCACUGUUUUUUUGUUUUUUUUUUCUGUACAGAUUUUUCUGUCACCGUGUGUCACAAUUUGCCCUUCAGUCGUACUGUUUUGAGAAAUGUAUUAGGCAGCAUAAAGUAGCGGCAUGCACUGUACAUAGAGAAUGUAUAACAUUAUAAAGCUCAUUACUUAACACUACCGAAUGUAAUACCUAUGAUACAGUAUCUGCUCACGCCAGUAAAUGAUCUAUACAGUC